GCAUUUUGAAACCCUGAUGAUGUACUUCCGGUAAACUGGACAACUUUCAGAAAGAUGGAGAACAAAGUUGAGCGUGCGGCUAAUGCGAAAAACGUCUCUCUGCCUAUUUCACGUGUAAAAUUAAUAAUGAAGAGCUCUCCGGACGUGUCGUGUAUUAAUCAGGACGCCCUUUUCUUAACCACGAAAGCGACGGAGCUUUUUGUUCAGCACUUGGCUUUGACCUCAUACAAUAAUGGCUCGGGAAAACAGAAUGGUACCCUGUCCUACAGCGAUCUGGCUAACACUGCAGAGGAGACAGAAACAUUCCAGUUUCUCACAGAUAUUCUUCCAAAGAAAAUCUUGGCUAGGGAUUAUCUGAAGUCCCUGGAGAAAAUGGAACCAGAAGAAGACAACUGAUUUAUUUAUUUUUUGGGGGGGAGGAACUGUUACUUCGACAUCAUUCUUUAAAAAUUGUUUGUUGAUAACAUGAUGUGAACAAGUACAAAAACAUAACAUUCCUCACAACAGAUAGCAGAUCUGGACAUCUCACUUAAAUAAAAUAUGUGCAGUUCCUCACACCUUGUGGUUCAAGUGAUGAUAUACAGUUGUUUGUUUUUUUGGUAUUCUGAUAUGUAGUGACCUGAUCACCACAAAACUACCUGUAGUUCACACAGCAAACUGCAAGGCAGUGGCCAGUUUAAGUGUUUCAUACAUUUAUUUAUGUUGUAAAACUGUUGAUUUGCUCCUACAGUUCUUGCAUUUUUGGUCAUAAAUGGCUCAGAGUCUAACAUUACAGCUGCUUUAAAAGCAGUCACUCAGGGUGUACACACUUUCAUUAUAUGGGCAUUAAGAUGUCAGUGUUGUUUUUUUGUUUUUAUACACCUGAAGACAAAAAAUCUCACUCUCAUUGUGCAUAUUGUACAAGUGAAAUAAAUACUUACAACUGAUCUUUUUUUGUGUGUAACUGUUUUGCCAUGAUAUAUUUCUUUGCAAUCUGUGUUGAUCAAAAAGAUGCACAGACUUCCUGCAGGUUUAAUCACUGUCCUUUACUGUAGAUCAGAAUUGAGUAUACCACAGUUUGCUUGUACUUUCUGCUGUUUCAGCUGAUGGCAUGCACUGAAUUUCAAAGUUGUGAGUCUUUAUACUUGAAAUUUGUGUAACACCUUAAGUUUUGUAUAGUGUACUGUAUGAUUUUGGGUGUAUAUUUUUCAGUAAAUAAACCUUUGGUUGCUUAUUC